UUACAGUCCACAGGCCACAACUUGUCUGCGCGGAGGUGAUAUGCGCUCACAGAUCAGAACAAUAUUUUCCUCAUAUCCGUAAUGUUAGUUUUGCGAACAUGUAAUAUCUGUGCAAAUUUUCGGUCUAUACGCUACGAUUUAUCUGCGCAGUUGGUUCAUUAGAUGUUGAUUGGUAUUUAGCAGCCAACGUACUAUCUUCGUCUGCUGUUCUUUGAUUCACCCUAGCAGAAAGCAAUAUGUUAUUGUUUGCGAAGUUUGAAGUAUCGCAGCUGAUGUCAUAAAGAUUGUCGUAUAUGCUUCCUGGUAAAAGUGGCGUGGAAAACUAUGCUUAUUUUACGUAUCCAUACUUGAUGUUUGUCAUCUUUUGUAAUGUGAUAGCCCGUUUAUGUGCAUUACAAGCAUGAUUUGCGGAAACACAGAGUGCGAGGAAGGGAAUGAGGAUACCAUCAAUGUCAGUCGCACUCUGGCGUCGACACCAUCGUCAUCAACAUCAGGGUGUAUAUCUGGGGACGAUACGUGGGAUGGAAAGUCAACGAUUCCGCCAAGUUUAAUAAGUGUGGCGAAUUGCCUUUCGAUUUCAGAGGAUGGGCCUGGACUUACCUCAGUGGAAGAGUUGACGAAGGCUGUGGAACAAUGCAAGGAUAUGGUAUUGGAAAGUCCAGAACGUUCGGAGGAGAGGAAGUGGUUGGUGAGGCGCUUAAUCGAACUGCGUUUGCGACUGCAAGAAGCACGAGAUGUGGCUGAAGAAUUAACCUGUAGCCCUCGGGAAGAUAUCAAAGUACGCUUAGGGCAUCAUUUUGUAUUUCAGAACCAACCCGUUUCUGCAUCAAAACAAUACUGUGAUAGAUGUUGCGGUGCUGUCUGGAGUAUGAUUCAGUCAUGGUAUCAGUGUAGAGAUUGUUUGUAUGUUUGUCACACUAAAUGUCUUGCACAAGUAUGCAGGAUUUGUGCUCAUGUUAUAGCAUCAGAGAAUCCACAAUACAUUAAGGACAUAUGCCCAGAAGUGGGGCUUUCUGCUCAGUCAUACAGAUGUGCAGAAUGUAAAACACACAUAACAUUCAAAAACAGCUGGGUGGAGCCACGUCUGUGUGAUUAUGAUGGCUGUUAUUACUGUCCAAGCUGCCACUGGAAUUCCAUGGCUGUAAUACCAGCAAGAGUUAUUCAUAACUGGGACUUUGAGGAAAGACCUGUGUGUCGUGCUUCAAGGCAGUUACUCCAGCUAAUGAUUAAGCGACCUUUGUUGAAUCUGGAAGAACUGAAUCCAAGAUUAUUUGGUUUUGUUGAAGAACUUGGUUUUGUGAAGAAAAUGAGGGAGGACAUAAUGAUUAUGAAGAAGUACUUCAUUUCUUGCAAAGACGCAACUGAACAGCGACUGUUGUGGCAACUGAAGGAUUACAAUCAUUUCAUUGAUAAUGUGGACACAUACAGUUUACAGGAUCUUAUUGACACUAAUUCAGGAAGACUGCCUGACAGACUAAGUAAGAUCCAUGCUGAAUUCACAAAGCACAUCAAGGAGGAAUGCAAGGUAUGUUAUGGUAGAGGCUAUGUAUGUGAACUUUGUGAAGAAGACCAAGUGAUAUUUCCUUUUGACUCUUCUGCUGUAAGUUGCAUAAAGUGCUCUACUGUUUUCCAUCGCAACUGUUGGAGCAGAAAAAAUCAGCAGUGUCCUAAGUGUUUACGACUCGAAGAGCGUGCGAAGCAGAAGGAUGCUUCGUGUGACAGUGAUUAAGGCUUAAAUCUUUUAUAUCAGUGGAAAGUUUAACAGUCUUCAUUAUCCUUUGUUUUCCAUGUGUUCUGUGAACCCUUGUAAUAAUUAAUAUUAACGAUUGCUUAAAGAUUUUUGAAAUUUAGAUUCUGAUCGCCAAGAAAAGAAUUGAAUUGUUUCUAUGUCAUUUGCAUUGUAUGAAGUUUAAAAAAUAAAUGUAUAAUUUGUUUUGUAUAAA